UAGAUAUACUACGUAUAUGGACUGCUGAUUCUUAUCAAUUUAACGUUGGUUAUAUGGAGAAAUCAUGUAAGCAGAUUUUCAAAAGUCCACUCAACGAAAAACGGUGUUCGUUGCCUGAAAACGCUGCUCAUUGGCUCUCACAGUACGGAACCUUGGAUGCGCGCGUCACCUCGCGUCAUCCUCGCAUACAAUUGCACGUAAUCUUCGACUGAAACCCUGGUUUUUGUUGCGUGGACUUUUAUGUUUACAUUUUACACUUUGAUAAGGGUUAGCAGUCCAUAUACGUAGUAUAUCUAUAUAGUCAAAGGAUACAAUGAUACAUACGAGUAUUUAGUGAAUCAACACAAAAUCAAUGGAAUAACUGAAUAAGCGAGAUUCGCAUCAUUGGUACUUGUAAGUUAUGAUCAUUGGUCUCUACUAAAGUGCUACAGUCACUACUCCAAACUUCACACUAAUUCAUACUCAAUCAAUAUCAAUACUUAUCCGCCUUAUCACACUUGACACUAUUUGCUUACUACAUUACGUACAUUAUGCUGAAAUAAGAUCAAAGAUGCGUUUAUUUCAACAGGAAACAAGUAAUAAUUUGUCAAUUAUCAUUACUGCUUCUUCGCGAAACGAGGCCUGUCCAAGAAUUCUUCUAUAUUGACUCGAUUAUUUAUAUUUAGGUACGUUGUGUUUGCGUUCCUUUUUCAAAAAAAAACUUCUCUAUUCUUCAAUGUUAUAUUUUGGCCUUUGGGUAACACAUUUUUCAUAGCUAUAAUUAUUAUUUGCGCUAUUUUUCACUUCACACUUCACAAACGCAAGAUGAGAUGAUAGCAUGCUCACAAACGCAAGAUGAGAUGAUAGCAUGCAAAAUGCUAAGUCCUUAGAACACGCCCAUUGGCAUUUUGGCCAAUCAUAAGGCUGUAUUUCUUAGCAUGACCAGUUUCCAAGUAAGGAAUCCAUAUACGCCCGGGUCACUGGUGCUUUGAACGAAAGUCAAUCGCCAAACUCAUCCAGGAUUUGCUUAAGUCCAGCAGAAAAUAAUCAAUUCCGAAAAAAUGGAAUAUUUUUUGGCGGUUUUCAGUCUUUUGGUACCUUAUUGUGAUUAAUUUCAUCUAAAAAAUCGGAUGUAAAGUAUUAUUUCAUAGCAGCAGUUGAUCAUUAAACCAUAAAAAUGAGUCUGUGGGUCGAUAAAUAUCGUCCAUCCAACUUGAACAAGAUAGAUUAUCACAAAACACAAGCUCUACAGCUGAAGAAUCUUGUACAACAAGGAGAUUUUCCCCAUUUGUUGUUCUUCGGACCUUCCGGAGCUGGUAAGAAAACCAGGAUAAUGGCUUUACUUAGAGAAUUAUACGGCGCCGGAGUUGAACGGCUGCGUAUGGAACACAUGAAUUUUACGACUCCCAGUAAUAAAAAACUAGAAAUCCUUACUGUCGCUAGUAAUUAUCAUAUUGAAAUCAAUGCCAGUGACGCCGGAAUGUACGACAGAAUCGUAGUAAUGGAUUUGAUUAAAAACGCUGCUCAAACUCAUCAACUCGAUUCUACUGGUCAACGAGAAUUUAAAGUAAUUUUACUAACCGAAGUGGAUAAACUUACCAAAGAUGCCCAACAAGCUUUACGUCGAACUAUGGAAAAAUACAUUGCUACAUGUCGAUUAAUUUUAUGCGCCAAUUCUAUAUCGCAAGUUAUUCCAGCUAUUCGCAGUAGAUGUUUGAGUAUUCGUGUUCCUUCGCCAUCUCAAGAAGAAAUUGUUACUAUUUUACAGACAAUAUGCAAGAAAGAAGGUCUUGCCAUUCCAAUCGAACUAGCUCAAAGAAUUUCGCGAAGCUGCGAAGGAAACUUGAGACGAGCUAUUUUAGCUUGCGAAGCAUGUAAAGUAAAUCAGCAGCCGUUUGAAAAAGAUCAGAAAAUCGUCGAACCAGAUUGGCAACUUUAUAUCAACGAAACAGCCAAUGUUAUUUUGAAGGAACAAACGCCCCAAAAUUUGCUGAAUGUACGAAACAGAUUGUAUGAAUUGUUAUGUCACGGUAUUCCAACUGACAUAAUAUUUAAGCAUUUACUGAAACAAUUAUUGAGAAAGUGUGAUAUAUCGAUAAAACGAGAAGUAAUCGAAGCUGCUGCGGAUUACGAACACAGGCUGCAUCGCGGAAACAAAGUGAUUUUUUACUUGGAAGCUUUCGUUGCCAAAUUUAUGGCGAUUUAUUUACAGUAUAUCGAGUCAAUGGGAAUGUAGUCGAAGAUGAUAAUUAUUGUAUUAGAAAAAAAACAUUAAUUUUUUUACGAUCAUUAUUAAAAUUUUUUCACAAU